AUGCUCAGCUCAAUAUUCACAGAAACUCAACAAUUUUCUCAGAAAUGCGGAAUUCAACAAGAAGUCAAAGACACAUCAAUAAGUCUUGCUGAUCAAAUUGUUAAAAAUUUACUUGAUCCAGAACAUAAUCCACCUGUUAAAGACUUUGAGGGAAUUAAAUUUGCCAAUCAAGCACUAGAUGAAGAUGAAUAUAUUUUUGUCCACGAUUUCUUUAAAGCAUCUCAUUUAGAUUUCCCAUUACAAGUUCUUAAUUUCGAAUCACAACAUCCUGGUUAUAAGUAUAACCGUAGAUCUGUUUGCGAGAGACUUGGCCUCAAUCCAAAUGAUGCAACUCCGUUAUUAGUACAAUUGAUUAAGAUUAGACAGCAAUACCAAAACCUAUGCUGA